AUGCCGGGUCUUUUGCUUCUACUACUGAGCCUACAACUAGUACUGGGCUCACUCCCUUUCACAUUUGCAUCACCCCACAAGAAGUCGCAUCAUACAACUACGGAUUUGGAUUCGGUAUCCGAGGCUUUGAUUACCGGGCCUUCGAUGCGAUCACAUCCUAGCUCCCAGCCGCACACUCCAUUCAGUGAAACUCCAUCAACCACCGGUGCUCUGACUGCCACCUCAGUUGGAAAGGGCAUUUCUGGCGAGGAAGUCCUCCCAGCAGCUACUACUUACCCUAGCGAUGGAAAACUUUACAAUGCCGAGCCCGGCCCUUAUAUUCCUGCGGGAGGGGUCGGGACAAAUGGAUCCAUUCCAGUGUACAAUGCCAAGAGUGACUUCGACUAUGAAUCUCUUGCACUUGCGUUGUAUCAGGAAUGGAUUGAGCUUGAUCUUUUCCAGGAUGGACUGCAACGCUUUUCGGUAGAAGACUUCAAAUCCGCUGGUCUGUCCUCCACAGAUCGGGAUCUAAUUGCCUUCAUGGCGCAGCAAGAGGUUGGACAUGCAACAAUGCUGAGCAAUAUUCUCGGUGCCCAUGCUCCACAACAAUGCACCUACCAUUAUCCCUACCGCAAUGUAACAGAGUUUCUCGAUCUCUGUCAAGAAAUCACUCGCUUUGGUGAAGCUGGGGUUUAUGGAUUUCUGGCCCAUCUGGAUUCCCGAGAGGCAGCCACGCUAUUGACGCAAUCAGUCACAACCGAAGCGCGGCAGCAAUUGAUCUUUCGCCAGUUCCUAGGGCUCUUCCCCAUGCCCGAAUGUUUCGAGACCGGUAUCCCCCAGUCAUGGGCAUGGACACUGCUGGCACCAUAUAUAAGUUCAUGCCCUUCUAACCAGACCCGCUUGGGUUGGCAGAACUUUCCAGAGCUCAGGAUAAUCGACCAACCUGCCAUUUUGAAUUUAAGUUCAAAUAAUUCGAACAGCACGGUCAGCAGCAUUUCCCGUCGUCACUUGUAUCGCCGCAACUGGAAAUGCAGAUAUGCACCAGAGAGUUAUCCAGCUCUCUCUUUCCCUGGUCGUCAAGUUAUAUUGCAAUGGGAUAGCCCGGGUUCGGAAAUUGGCCCCAAUAACAGCUAUAUCACCACAUCACAGGCAACUAGACCCAAGUAUGUUGUCUGGGUAUCUCAGCUCAAUGUGACCUACACGCCGCUGCGUAUUGGGCAUGGAUCUCGCGGCUACACUCACCAACCCAAUCUGGAGACCUACCAGGGCGACCCCGCGAUUAACGGUACUAUGUUCAUUGCCAUCACCGACCAUGAUCCAUAUUUGACGCCAUUCAAUCUGAGUCUGAUCAAUCCUCAUGUCAUUGCGGGUCCUGCUAUCUAUCAGGCUGGUUAG